AUGGCAGAUAAUGAGGUAGAAGUAUUCUUAACCCCUGAUGGUUCUUUAUACCAUCUAGGUGUUAAAUCCGGAGAAAUAAACCCUCGUAUAAUUACUGUUGGUGAUAGAGAUAGAGCAAGCAUUAUUGCACAAGAAUUCCUUCAAGAUGUUAAAGAAUAUGAAAAAACCAGAAAUUUCCGCACCUUCUCAGGUACCUACAAAGGUGUACCUGUAUCUAUAGUAUCUAUAGGAAUGGGUGCACCUAACAUGGAUUUUCUUGUUGAAUUUUUUAUGGUUUAA